AUGGCGAGGAAGAGACCAAGCAAGAGGCAUUCCGUUCUAUACUUGCUUGUGAAUGAGAAUCCUUGUUCCACAUCCUUCACAGGAACAAGAGCGGAUCGAGCUGACACGGAGAAGGUACUUUUGACUAUCCUGGCUCAGAAAGGAUUUUUCGUAAAUGCAUAUGCCAAUGACAUAUGUAGCAUGAGUUUGGCUGAGGAAGAUAACUCCAUGGAAAUAACAGAAGGUGGAGAAGGUCGUCCUUCCUUGAAUUUAGUCCAAAUCAGCACAUUAGAUUUGAUCUUCCAUUUUUUGUCCUCAAAACGUGCUCUGGGCAAACAGAUCCAAGUUUUGGUGGAAGAAAACAUUGCAGACUAUGUUUUUGAAAUACUACAAUUGUCAGAAUGCAAGGAUCCAACAGCCAACUCUUGCCUUCAGGUGCUUAAUCUUCUUUCGACCGCGGAGCAAGCUUUCAAACAAAGGCUAGUUGUUGGAUUCACAACUCUGAUUCCAGUACUGCAUCAUGUUGCUGAAGUUCCUUUUCACCCUUUUCAAAAUCAGACACUGAAGCUCAUUUGGAACUGCAUUUCUGACUGCCCUGGAAUAUUAUCAACUUCUCAGGUUGAGGAACUAAUUCUUUGUUUGACAAUGAUGCUUAGAAGGAACACUGAUGGUGAGAUGAGCAUGCUUACAGAGACAUUCAUUAUGGCCUGCUCAGUCUUUGUAGCUAUUUUGAAAUCACCAUCUUCUCAUGGAAUUUCAAACCCAGCAACGUCAAUUCAAGAAGCUCCAAAACAUGCUGUUCAAGCUUGUCUAAAUAUGUCUGGGAAAGAUCCUAGUCAACUUUUGCAUUCCUUGUUACUAAAAGAGGUGUAUGCAUACAGUUAUGAGGGGUUCUCAACCUCCAAAUCCAACAGCAUAGAUCUAAGAAAUUCAAUAAUCAAUCUAUGUACAUCUCCAUUAUUACCCUGGUUUGAAAGGCAUGCUGCUUGUUACAUCCCAUCUGAUCCUGCCGAUAUGUUGUUUCUGCUUGGUCAGAAGAGUGCUGACAAUUUAGAAUUGUCUUCUUGUCAGUCAGUAGUUUUACUUAUUUUACAUAUCAGUUCUUUAUACAAUGACAGACUUGCAGUUGAGACGUCAGUUUUAGCUUCUUUAGAGCAAUACAUUCUUGUUGAUAAAAGUAACUUUCAGUGUGGAGCUGCUGAUUUAUCAACCAUGAUGUGGCUGGUGAAUCUUUAUGGUUUUUUCUUUAGGAAUUUUGCCGGCAAAAGCUACCAGAUCCCCUACAGUCUAGAAGCUGAGAGGAUCCUGUUCUAUUUAGUGACUGAAAAUGAAAGGGAUUUGCCUUCUGCAGUGAGCCACUCAUCAUCAUUGAGGUGGUUGUUCCAACAAGAGAAAAUUAGCAAGCCAUUGUCAUACCAAAUCCUAAAGUUCUGCAGAAGCUAUGGAAUGGAUGUUGUUGUCCAUGGUAGUCAGACUAUUAAUGAAAAGGUGAUUGUAGAGUUGGUAGCAGCAGGAGAUAACCAUGUAGCUGCCAUUCUGGUUAGCUUAUUGAUAGAGCUUGUAGAGCAAGAAGGCCACAAGCAUGACAUAGUAGUAGUAGUAAAUUUCAUGGAAAAAGCUAUUGACAUCUUUCCAGCUACUUCAGAUCAAUUAUGUUUGCAUGGCAUAGGCAAUGCAAUCCGUGCACUUUAUUACAAAUCAGACCACUAUUCGCUACAGACAUUUAUGGCAAUUUCAAUUGUAACAUUUAACAUUUUACGCUCAGUGCACCCUAAAGUACUCUCUGACAAUGAAGCCUCGGUAGCAGUAACUAUAAAGUUAAUUGACUGCUUGGUCUCCACAGUGGCUGUGCAUGGCUGGACUCAUGAAAAUCUAAUAGUUAUAGGCAUUCUUUCCUUAAUUUUGCACCAUUACACAAACAAUGCUCUUGUAGAAGCUUCAAAAACAAUUGUUCUAAAUACUUCCUUGGUCAGUACUAUCAAUAGCACCAUUGACACUGCUUUUUCAAAAGGACCAGCGUUGACUGAUUAUGAUGAGGGAGCAAACAUAGGAGAAAGUCUAAUAUUUGUGCUUCUACUAUACUAUUUCUAUUUAAGAAGUUUACAUGCUGCUUUACCAGGCCCCGUGGAAUGGCAAAAUUUUGUUGGUCCAUUGAACUCAUAGCAAUCACUCACCGCAGUCAGCAUCCAUUGCCAUGAUUUGUGCAGGCUGAUGCAUUUUGGGUCCCCUUCAGUCAAGCUUGUCUCUUCAUAUUGUCUUUUGGAAUUGUUCACCAGAUUAUCAUACCAGAAAAGUAGAGAACAUAAGGAGCUUAAUUGCUCCACAGGUUUCCUAAUGUCCAUAAUGGCUGUGUUAGAAGGCCUUGUUUUUUUUAGUGACAUCAGGGUGGUUAUGAACUGUGGACUCUGCGUAUCAAUGGUGUUAGGGUGGGAAAACCUGGAUUUGCAGGAGAAGAGAAUGAUUGCCAAGAAUUAUUGGUACAGGCUGAUUGUAGAAGAGAUGGCAUUGUCUUUGGCUGCUCCAUGUUUAGCAUCGAAAUCUUUCUUUAAUCAUCACAAGCCUGCAGUGCAUGUAGCUGUUGCAUUGCCAAAACUUGACAAUAUUCCUUUGUGGUUAAGAACUGUGUUUGAUGAUUCCUGCAUAUCUGGCAUAAUUGGAAACCUAGGGGCUAGGAAAGUCAACAGUGACAUGGUGCUUUUAUUUCGAGAAUUACUUAUUUCCGAUUUCUUUAAGGCAGAUCAAAUUGCUAGUCUCAAUCAUGUGCUGCGGGCGUGCAGAAAAUACAUGUAUAGCAACAGUACUCAAGAAGACAGCUGGGAUGAACAUGCAGAGAAGAAGUUCACCGCAGUGCACGAUUUGAGAGAAGUACGUGUGUAUCUCAUUCACUUAAUGUCAUCUCAAUUGUCUAUGAAAUCAGAAAAUGGAGAUAUGAGAUUGUUAGAAGAACUCGAAACCUUCUUUAGGUCAUGAUGAUAGCUAGAAAAAUGUUAUUCUUUAAUCAAA